AUGAGUGAUGAUUCCCGCAUAAAAGAGGCGCAGCAAUGCAUACAGAAGGCCGAGAAGCUCCUGAAGACGUCAAUCUGGCAACUCAAAACCAAGCCGGAAUAUGAUCUGGCUGCCUAUGAAUUUGACCGUGCUGCCAUCUGUUACAAGAACGCUGGGGAUUUGAAUAAAGCCGUGGAGAUGUAUUUGAAAUCAGCUGAGUGUCAUCACAACAACCAUAACAAGUUCCAUGAGGCAAAGUAAGUUGCUGGGUUCAUUAUUUACCUCUCUUUAGAUCAAAAGAGCAAGCCGCCAUGAUGGCCAAGGACGGGAAUUUAAUCGACAAAGCGUCGCAGCUGUUCGAGGAGAGCGCUCUUCUUUAUUUGGAUGCGAAUUCGUGGGAUACAGCUUGUCAAGUCAUCGAGAAAGCCGGGAAAAUCCUUGAAGGAGUGGACUUGGAGAAGGCCUGCGCUUUGUAUGAGAAGGGAAUCAAGAUUGUGAUUGAAGCGGACAGAUCCAAGAGUGUGAUCAGUCUCUCUCAACGGUUGAUCGGGCUCUUAUUGAGGCAAAAGAAGUACUCUCAGGCGUUGAAAGUGUCUCGCGAUCUGGUGGAGACGUUGAAGGAGAUUGAUAAUGGGAAAAUCGGGAUGAUCGGCCUUGGAAUGGUGAUUAUUUCUCUGCUGAAUGGCGAUUCUAUUGCUGCAAGACAAUGCCUGGGAUGGCUUCAAGAGUAAGAUUAUCCAUUUUAUUCAGUUUUCUCGUUAGAGAUGAGAAAUUCGCCCUCGAAAAUCAAGCUGGACAGGCGUUGAUUGUUCGCUACGAAAAGGGAGAUAAUGAGGGAAUCCAAGAAGUCCUCAAAAGUGGUGUGAUCAGGGCCAUGGACAACCAUUAUCUCCGAAUUAUCAAGGAUCUAAGAGCGCCCGAGUCCGAGUUUGGCGAAGACUUUGCGCAAGCCAACGGUGAGGAUGACGAGGAAGAUCUCCGCUGA